CGCAUUCCCAUAGUGCUCCACGACAGCUGCUAUGGAGGCCGGCAUGACAGCGGUCCUCCGCGUGAAGCGGAAACGCAGUGCGGAACCCGCUGAGGCACUUGUCCUUGCUUGUAAACGCCUCUGCUCCAGCGCAGUUGAGUCGGGAGCCCAAAAGACGCCUCCGGAGGAUCUGGAGAGAGCAGCAGAAAAUGUCUUCCAGUUGGUGGCCACCGUGCGCUCCCAGGAGGAGCCAGUACAGCCGCUUGUGCGAGCCGCCCUACGCCCGUCCCAGGGCAGCCAGCAGCGUAUCCGCCGUCAUCUCCGUGCGUCGGCUCGGGAGAUCCGGCAGAACGGCCGCUACAGGGUAGUCUCUAGCCGCCGAUCCUCGGGAAUUCCUUUGGGCGGCUUGGGGUCCGAGGACGCGCCGGGAAGCCCAGAAGCCGCCGAGGACUCAGGCUUCCAGCUGUUGGACCUGGUCCACGAGGAAGGAGACCCAGAGGCCGCCGCGAUCUCUUGCAAAACAUCUGACCCAGAUGUGAUCCUCUGCAAUUCUGUAGAGUUGAUCCGUGAGCGGUUGACUGUAUCUGAAGAUGGACCAAGAGUUGGGUACCAGGAGGAACAGAAGGACAACUAUGUGUAUGACAUUUACUAUUUGGACAUGGCCACUCCAGGAUGGAUUGAGAACAUCCUCUCUGUGCAGCCCUAUAGCCAAGAGUGGGAGUUGGUGAAUGAUGACCAACAACCAGAGGAUAUUUAUGAAGAUGAAGAUGAUGAGAACAGUGAGAAUAAUUGGCGCAAUGAGUACCCAGAGGAGGAGAACAGUGAUGGAGAUGAAGAUUCCAGAGUCUCUGAUGAUUACAACAGCCUCAGUGAAGAAGAAGGAGACAACAGAAGACCACAGAUGUGGAGCAAAUACCCUUUGGAUGUGCAGAAGGAGUUUGGCUAUGACAGCCCCCAUGACCUGGAUUCAGACUGAUGAUCCUGUGAUAUCCAUGAGGUUCUACCACAGCCCCUGAGGGUUC